AUGGAGUUGACAAAUGGUCAAGAUGUUGAUCAUGUAGUUGAUGUGGUUGGUGGUGAUUAUUUUAAUAAAGCCAUUCAUGUACCAAGACCACAAGGUCAUAUCUAUUCAAUUGGUUUUUUAAAAGUUGACAUUAACAUUUAUGAUCUCAUCUAUAAAGAAUCAAUAUUCAUG